CGUGAAAACCGCGCGCGCGCGCGCGCGACGCAGAUACCUUCUCCGAUAUGUCUCGAGUGUCCCUUUGUUGAGAAAAUUAGCGCGUUUGUAUUGUUACGGAGACAAAGAACGAUUCGCCCGUGGCCGCACAAAGAGCCGCACGUUACGAACACAAUUACGUAUUCUUGAUUGUUCCUAUCCGGUUCCGCUUGUCCGAGAGCUCGGCGACUUGUUACUCCAUUUGGCGUGAAAGCAAUAACUUUGGUCCGCGCGCGUCCUUUAUUCGUUUGAAUAAAUGUAAUUGCUACAAAUGCGUGCAUCAAUUAAUUUUAACGAGUAUAAAAAUUGUAAUCAGUCAGAUUGAAAGCACUCGUUGGCUGAACAAUUUCCAAAGCAGCAAGAUGACACCGGAAGGAUAUACGCGCGUGUACGUGGGCGGGUUGAACGAGAGCAUCAAAAAGGAAGAUCUGCAGAUGGAGUUUGAGAAGUACGGCAAGCUGAAUAAGGUGUGGGUAGCGUUUAAUCCGCCGGGCUUCGCUUUCAUCGAGUUCUUCAACAUGAACGAGGCCGAAUUGGCCUGCUGCAACAUGAACGGCAUGGAGAUAAUGGGUGCGAAGUUGAGAGUGGAGAUAUCUCGGGGUAGGGGCCGCGGCGGCGGCAGGGGCGGUGGCGCGGGCGGUUUCAGAGGAAGUCGCGGGUCUGGCGGUAGGGACUUCGGUUCACGGGGCGGCACUACCGGGGGUUACAGAGGCAGUACUUACGGCGAUUACGGAGGCAGCUAUUAUACAGGCAGGGGUGGCGCAAGUAGGGGCAGAGGUCGUUACGGAGAAGACUAUAUGUUCAAUCGCAGCAGCGGGUAUGUUACGCGAGAUGGAUAUACGCAGGAUGCCUACGGUGGUAGUAGCGGGGACACUGGCGCCGACUACUACACCGGGAAGGAUACGAGCACAGCGAGGUAUCGAAGCCGCUCUCCCGCCGGCCGUGGCAGGUAUUGACGAUACCCAUCUAAAAUUGAUAUUCAACUCGUGUCACGUUUAAUUAGCUCAAGCUUGUUAGCUCAAAAACGUAAACAAUUUAUGGGAAAAGUAUAUACGAUCAGAAUUUGAUUAGAUUAUCAUUCUGAUAGAUUUCUAUUGAGAGUACAUCUCGUGAU